CACUCGUUAUAAUGAACGAUAGCAGGCUAUAUUGCUGUUUAAAAUAAAUAGAUACAAUUCAAAUCAAAUCAAAUUCAAGUUUGUGAAAAGAUUUCUUUAGUGAACACACGGGAAAUUCAGUGAAAAGUGCAUUUUUUUGAGUUUUUUCAGUGUUUUCAGUGAAGUGACGUAGUGUGUGAAAAUGAUGAUAAAUAUUAUUAGGCCGUGACGAAAACACAGUUUUUCUUUGUGAAAAAUGUUUAUAAUAAUACAAAAUGACUAAUGGACUGUUAGUGCCGUUCUUGCUAUGGAUGCUAGCAUGCCUCUCCGGGGUGGCGUGUUCCAUCAAACGGAACCAGUGCCUCACCGGAGUCAUGACGGACGUUCAGAGCUGGGUCACGGAGACUGGGGAGCUGACCAGCUCAGUAGACAUCAAGAAGUCCAUGGACCUAUCAGCGGUGCAGAAUCCAACGCUGACUCUGCAGCAGCAGCUGGCGGUGGUGACCCGUGACAGAAAGGAGCACGUGACGUACCUGAGCCUCGCUAGGAACAGCCUGACCAGGGUGCCUCCGGUCUUCAACGGUGUUCUGGACAGCUACGGAUGGGAUCUGGCGAAGUCACUUGAGUACCUCACUCUCUAUGGGAACAGGUUCAUCGAAGUCAGCUCUCCGGGGGAGCAGUACGAUGUGUCACUCAACGCGACUGGAGCCACCGAGAUCAACACUGGCAUGAUACAUAGAGGAGCAAUCCGAGCGAUGUGGGCAGCAGGCUUCCAAUGGGUGACCUUCACCAGCCUAAGAGAACUCGACCUUAGAUCAUGCGGAAUAGAGACGCUGGAUUCCUUCAUCUUCCAAAACAUGCCCAAGCUGGAAGCUUUGUAUCUAUCAGGGAACAUCAUUACGUAUAUAAACAGCAACUCCUUCGCUGGUCUUACCAAUCUUGUCCACUUGGAUUUAAGCAGAAACCAUGGUCCAGACGAUGACAAUAUUGUGCACUUGUCCAUAGAGAGCGAUGACGUGUUUGCCAGUUUAGAGAACUUGAGAUCACUGGAUUUAUCACAUACAAUGCUAAAUACCAGACGAAUUUCAGCGCUUAGAAACUUAAGUGCAAGCCUGGAGAGGCUGUCACUUUGCUUCGUUGGUGCAAUCAGAUUCGAAUCUGGUUUUUUCGCGAACACAUCCUUGAGGUACUUAGAUCUGUCAGGAAAUUUCGCCGUUCUAGAAAACGCUGGUGUUUUGCAAGGAUUAGAAAAUCGGCUGCAAGUUCUCUACGCAAGCGACAUAGGCUUGAAAAGCUUUGAUGUUUUCAAUCGUUUUCGACGACUUGAGAUACUAAAAUUGACUAAUAACGAAAUAUCUGACGUGCAACGAACGACAGCAAGAUCAUUAGUGGAUUUGCAAGCUUUGGAUUUGAGAAGGAAUAGACUGACGAACUGGCAACGGCCGUUGUUCUCUUUGAUGCCGUCUUUAAGGUUCUUAGACUUGAGAAGUAACACAGUCAAUGUGAUAACCGAAGACAUGAUCCGGGACCUAGGCCGUAUAUACUUUUUGGCUUUAUCAGAUAACCCUAUGGUCUGCAACUGUCAUUCUAAGGAGUUUAUAGAGUUGGCAGCGCAGAACGAGGCUUAUUCUGUGAAGACGCUUCUACGCCCAAUGCAUGCCAGUAACAGAGAAACGUCAGACAAAUUCGGCUUCCAUUUAGGGUUUAUAGAAGUGAACGAUAUGAUUUCUAGCAGAAGAAACAUUUCAAUAUCAGUGGAGAGUCUCCCAGAGAUUGCGGUCAAGGGAAAUUUUGUCUUAGUCGAUUAUGAUAAGGAUUCUUAUUCAUGUUUGGCAUUGUCCAAAAGCGUUACCGUGCCAUUUGGAGAGGGAAGUGGUUGCAAAGAGCUGAGGUCAGAUUUCGAGGCGCAAUUGGAGUCAGGGAGAGCUCAUUUGCUUGCGCUGUUGGUUAUACCUGGAGUACUAUUGCCUGCAUUGAUUAUAGGCUAUACUUAUAGAAGAAAUUUAAGAUACUGCUAUGUGACCAUGAGGAAUUCCGCGAUGUUGAGCAUGGUGAACGAACAGAAGAUCAUAAGUGACGAUACUAUAUUCAACUACGACGUCUUCGUGUCUUACUGCAAUGAAGACAGACCGUGGGUGUUAGAUCAACUCCUGAGCCACCUAGAGAACGAUUGCAGCGUCAGCCUGUGUCUCCAUGAGAGAGACUUUCAGGUGGGCCUGUCGAUCCUGGAGAACAUAGUGUCGUGCAUGGACCGCUCCAAGGCCAUCAUGCUGGUCAUCUCCAAGCAGUUCCUGCUCAGCCAGUGGUGCCAGUUCGAGAUGCACUUGGCUCAACACAGACUUCUAGAAACCCGCCGAGAAGACCUCAUCCUAAUCCUUCUAGAAGACAUCCCCCGCCGUCUCCGACCGAACACAUUACACUACUUGAUGCUGACAAAGACCUACAUAGUCUGGCCGAAGAACAAGUCUGAACAACAACUGUUCUGGAAGAGAUUGAAGAAGAGUGUGGUGACGCAGAGACAGAAGCACGAGGAUAAGGUUUCUUUGGCGUGAAAUAUGUAUCAGAUGAUUAAGAAGAUCCUAUUAGAUUUAUGAUUAAGUUCUUUGUUUCUGAACUCAUCGACGAAACUCACAUUUUCAGAGUUAUGUCUUAGCUUAGACUAGCUACCUCCAGUGUCAGGGACGUGCUAAUUUUGGGACACCCUGUAUGUAUAUUAGUAUAAAGUACGGCCAACUAAAGCCUGGUCCGUGAGCACGUAG